GUUAUUCUUUUGGAAACGUACCAUACUUUACAUUGACUUUCUCUAAAUGGAAUGAAAUUUUGUGAGUUUCUAGUACUUAGGUUUGUAAGCAUAACGGUAGGUUCCACAAACUUUGAAACCUUGCAAAGGAUCCAAAUAAGAGGAAAGCAAGGUUGGGUCACUCAGCCAAACUGGCUCUUAACUAGCUCCUCUGUUUCAAAUGAUAGAAGUUAGAAAGUUUUAUCAUAGAUACAACUUGUUGAGUUGAUAAUUUUUUGUAGAGAACGUUUUUUCGAUUCAAAUAUGUCUACGAAGUCAAAUUGGAUUUUCAGCUUUUAUUAAUGCUUUAAUAUUGUCAAACUGUUCUCUAUCCAACGGUAACGUCCACCGAUCUGUAACUUGUUCUUGGACCGAAUGACAAAUGCAUCUCUAGGCCCUAUUUUCAAUUUUUUGCAAUAUUGGAUCUUCGUCCAUCAAAGCUACGUGAUUUUCAGAACCUGUCAUAUACUGGGCUUCCAUUGCGGCACCAAUAUCUACCAUUCCUGAAAUUUUUACUUUUGGCCAAUGUGAUUUCACCAAGUUAGCCGAUCUUUAAUUUUUUAUAUAGUAUUUAUAACAGCUAUAACAGGUAGUUUCUUCAUAAAAACGUAGGGAUCAGCGAACUUGGUGAACUCACCUGGGCCAAAAGCGAACAUUCCAGGAAUGUCAGAUAUUGGUGCCGUAAUGGAAGCCCAGUAUAUGACAGGUUCUGGAAAUCACGUAGUUUUAACAAAAGAGGAUGCAAAAUUGAAAAAAAAUCGAAAAUAGGACCUAGAAAUGUAUUUGUCAUUCGGUCUAAGAACAAAUUACAGAUCGGUGGACGUUACCGUUGGAUAGAGAACAGUUUGACAGUAUUAAAGCAUUAAUAAAAGCUGAAAAUCCAAUUUGACUUCAUAGAUAUAUUUGAAUAGAAAAAAACAUUCGCUACAAAAUUUACUCAACUCAACAAGCUGUAUCUAUGAUAAAAUUUUCAAACUUCUAUCAUUGGAAACAGAGGAGCUAGUUAAGAGCCAAUUUGACUGGGUGACCCAACCUUGCUUUCCUCUUAUUUGGACCCUUUGCAAGGUUUCAAAGUUUGUGAAACCUACCGUUAUGCUUACAAACCUAAGUACUAGAAACUCACAAAGUUUCAUUCCAUUUAGAGAAAGUCAAUGUAAAGUAUAGUAUGUUUUCGAAAAAAUAACCUAACAACUUUCUCGAAACUUCCGAGCUUUUGCCAUGCAUUAUAGUUAGCAUUGUCUACAAAUUCACUGCACAUGCAUGAUUAAUCUUAGCUAAUUCUUUCUCGUAUCAAACAUAUUUCUCUUCACACACGUCUGACACAACUAAUACCGACUAUAGGCAAAUUACAAGAUACUCUUAUACUUACAAACGAUCUCGCUAGAUACAUUUUGCAUAUAGUUUCCUUUAAAAAAGUUGUGCUUUUCUAAAUUUUAUGCAUGUUUUUCCGUCAUCUAUGAAAUCGGUAAGGUAGGUUAUAAUAUUAUUGUACUAGUUAUUAUCUAUCGAACUACAAUGUCUGAUUUCAGUCUAAAACGAAUUCAAAUCAGCGACUUUGAUUAAUCAGAGAAAUAUGUAUUUUUUUAAAUAUUAUUAAUUUUGUAAAAUUUUUAGAUAAAAAUACAAGCAUUAUGUCUUGUCCUAUCAUUCAGCCAGUCUUUGAUAAUGUACGAAAUGAUGAUAAUGAAAGCAGUAUGAUUGAUGGAUUGUCAAUUUCCACAACAGCAGAAAACGGUAACAACAAUCAUCAUGAAACUGUUGAUGAACCAUUGAAUUACACUAAAUAUUUGAAAACGGAUAUACUAUUAUCUGCAUUGAAGUGCCUCAGCCAUACUGAUCGUUCGAACGACACCAGUUCACCAGUGCAUGAUGAACAUUUUUUUAUUUUAAUUCAUCAAGUUUUUGAACUUUGGUUCAAACAAAUCCUAUUUGAAAUCGAUUCAAUUCGAUAUAUUUUCAGUAGCAAUGAUAAUGUUGCACCGUUUCUUUUUGAUAUUAACUUACGUUUGAAUCGGACGGCAAACAUUUGGAAUAUGUUGAUCGAUCAAUUACACUUACUUGAAUCAAUGACGCCGAUGGAAUUUCUUGAAUUUCGAGAUUUUAUUACUCCAGCAAGUGGUUUUCAAAUUUUUCAAUUUCGUCUCAUUGAAAUGAAACUCGGGUUAACUGAUCAACAUCGAAGUGCAUAUAAAGCGAACCAUUUUACUCAAACAAUGUUUAAAGAUAAACAAGCUCAUGCACUUCAGACAGCUGUAAAAGAAGAUACUUUACUACGUCUAAUCGAAGUAAUUCAUAAGAUUGAUACUUUUAAAAAAUAA